AUGAUACAAACUAAAAGUUCGUGGACUCCAUUGGUGAACAAAGACGCAAAUAAAACGCUUUUUGAAGAACGAAAACAUCUUAUUUUAGCUUGGUUUGCCAAAUGGUCAGAAAGUCAAAGAAAGGAGUUAAUGACGAAACUUUUUGGGUUAUGCACUCAGAAACAACUUGAGUCACUUUUUCACAAUAUAGAAAAUAAAAUUCCUUUAUACCAAAUAGAUUUUACUAGAAUACUACCAAGAGUUCUAUGCAUUUAUCUGUUUUCUUUUCUGGAUCCUAGAAGUCUCUGUCGCUGUGCACAGGUAUCAUGGUAUUGGAGAUAUCUAACCGAAUCAAAUGAAUUAUGGGCAUCGAAGUGUUUAAGAUAUGGAUGGGAUUUAAUCGCUUCACAUAGUCAAUGGGAACCUGGAAUUUGGAAGAAGCAUUAUAUUCAAAACAUACGUUACCUUCAGUUUCAUAUUUCAGAGAAAUCAAUCAAUAAAGAAAAUGGUGAUACAAGAGAAAGAUGUUCAGAAGAACUAUUCAAUAAAAGAUGUCAUACAUUGAAUUUUGUAAAUAAUCAUCAUCAGGUUCAUUAUGAGAACAAUAAUAUUGAUACUACUAUUAAUACUACUACUACUACUACUACUAAUAGUAGUAGUACUAGUAGUAACCAUGGUGAUUAUGAUAAAAAACAGGAUCUAAAUCGAAACUAUAAAAUGAUUCAAUUAACUGAUACAUCUAAAUUAAUACCAUGGCGUGCACCAAGUCGUAAACCAUCUGAUACUCAUCGUUUUAAUUAUUUUGAUAAUAAUGAAACAAUCAAGUUAAAAUCUUCUAAAAAUGAAUUUCAAUAUCGGUUCAGUAAUAGUGCUGGGUCAACAAGAAAGAAGUACUCAUUAUCAUCUUCAUCACCACCAUCACCGCAAAUUGAUGAUAUUUACAGUAAUGGUAUGAAUGGUAAUGUUCAUAAUCUGUUUAAGCAUGAAACAAUACAGAAAUCAACAUGUCCUAAUAUUUCAAUGUUCACAAGUCAUCAUAAUUCAAUCACAUUACCUUGGAAACCCACAUCUACAUAUCCUUCUGGAGCAUAUUAUCUUAAUACAGAAAAAAUACAACCCCUACAAUAUAGUAUGAUUAAAAAAUAUUUUAAUCCUAAUUCUAACUCUAAAAAUAGUUCAAAAUUUAAUAAAAUUGAGAAUAAUGAACCGUCAAAUCAUAAACUACAUUUGAACAACUCAAAAUUGAAUGGAUCAAAUAAACAACUGGAUCAUGAAAUCCACAUGGUCAAUUUUUCAGAUAAUAAACAAACCUAUGGAAAAUCGACGGUUUUGGAAGAAUUGAAUUCUCAAUAG